CAGGGAAGGAAGCAUUAAAAGCAUACUACACGCCGCUUCUUGCCGAGGAGCUCUUGUGUGGUUCAAUUCUGUCUGAUUAUUACCAUUUUUUUUUCCUCCUGUUUUUCUUGAAUCCUUCGUCGAUUCUACUGAAAACGUUAGGUUUGAGUGUGCAGGUGCACUUUUUUCCUGAAGUGCAGUUUGUCUAAUCUUCACAGUUCCAAAUCACAAGAGGAAAAAAAAAUAUGUCGGCAGUCAACCGCACCCUCCGUGUGGCCGGCCGGUCUCUUCGCAUCCAGCAGCGAAGCAGCUUGUCGACUUUGGCCUCGUUGAACAGCACCUCCGCACUUCGGCCAAGCUCCACCCCUCGAGGAGCUACAUCUGCAUUUUCAUCCUCUGUCCGCACCUCCUCCUUCUCAACCUCUACAGCUCGCCAAUCCUCAGCACCAAACAUGUCUUCCGCAGAAGCCCGAGAGUACGAUCCCGAGAUUUCGGACAUUGCCAGCUAUGUCCACGACACUCCCAUCGACUCUGAAUUAGCCUUUGACACGGCACGAUGGGUUUUCCUCGACACCAUCGGCUGCGGUCUUGAGGGUCUCCGCUUCAAGGAGUGCACCAAGCUGCUGGGCCCUAUUGUUGAGGGCACUACGGUUCCCAAUGGCGCCAAGAUCCCCGGUACCCCCUACCAGCUGGACCCGGUCAACGGCGCCUUCAACAUCGGUGCCAUGAUCCGCUGGCUGGAUUACAACGACUGCUGGCUGGCUGCUGAAUGGGGUCACCCUUCGGACAACCUGGGCGCCAUCCUUGCCGUCGCCGACUGGGUCACCCGUACCAACAAGGCUGCCGCCGCCCCGGGCUCCAACAUCAAGCCCAUUGCCGGCGGCAAGCAGUUCACCGUCCGUGAUGUCCUCGAGGCCAUGAUCAAGGCACACGAGAUUCAGGGCUGCUUGGCUCUCCUGAACUCGUACAACAAGGUUGGCCUUGACCACGUCGUCCUUGUCAAGGUCGCCAGCACCGCAGUCGUCUCCAAGAUGCUCGGACUCACGGCCAAGCAGACGGCCGAUGCCGUUACCCAGGCCUGGGUUGACGGCCAAAGUCUGCGCACCUACAGGCACACCCCCAACACCAUGUCGCGCAAGUCUUGGGCUGCUGGUGAUGCUUGCCAGCGUGCCGUCAACUUGGCCCUCAAGGUCCUCAAGGGCGAGGCUGGUAUCCCCACCGUUCUCUCGGCCCCUGUCUGGGGUUUCUACGACGUGCUCUUCAAGGGCAAGAAGUUUGAGUUCCAGAGGCCCUAUGGCAGCUACGUCAUGGAGAACGUCCUGUUCAAGGUCUCCUACCCUGCCGAGUUCCACUCUCAAACCGCUGUUGAGGCGUCGCAAAAGAUCCACGACCAGCUCAAGGCUAUGGGCAAGUCCGCGGCUGACAUCAAGGAGAUCACCUGCCGCACGCACGAGGCCUGUGUCCGCAUUAUCGACAAGCAGUUCAAGCCCAUGGACAACUUUGCCGACCGUGACCACUGCAUCCAGUACAUGUGCUCCGUCAUGCUCGUCUUUGGCCGCCUGACGGCUGGUGACUACGUCGACGGCUCCGAGGCCGCUACCAGCCCGCUCGUCGAGUCCCUCCGCAAGAAGAUUAGGUGUGUUGAGGACAAGCAGUUCACUGCUGACUACCACGACCCCAAGCUCCGCACCAUCUCGAACGGCCUGACCGUUGAGCUCAACGACGGCACCUUCCUUGAUGAGGUUGUCAUCGAGGCGCCUCUGGGCCACCGCCUCCGUCGUGAGGAGGCCAAGCCCGAGAUUCUGUCCAAGUUCAAGCGCCACCUGGAGGCUCACUACCCUGCCGCCAAGGUGCAGGAGCUCAUCGACCUGGGCAUGGAUGCCAAGAAGCUUGAAGCCACAUCAGUUGACGAGUAUGUCGAUAUGUAUGUUGUCAAGGACAGCAAGUUUGUCCAGUGAUGGAACAAACCUAGGAUGUUUCUUCCAAUGACCAGAUUAUACUAUACCAUCUCAUGUGACAAUUUAGAGAGUUCGCAGGUUGAUAGAGGCAAAAAGAUUUCAGCGACAUGUAACAGCCCCAGCCAAGUUCGAAGAGACGCAUUCUAUAGUGACCCGCCCAGAGUGUUCCGGUUAAUGCCAGACUGUAAGGUACUUGUGUGAACAAAAGCACCAUGUUUGGGUUUCAAUAUAUUGUACGCGGAGGUGAGAAUAGUGCUGCGAUUGCGCUCAUCUUGAGAGAAAAAGUAAACUUGAAUUACAGAACCCAACGCCACAGAGAAAGGUGUUGAUGCGAUC